GACGGCGGCAGCGCCAUGGACUGCGAGGCCAAGAGGGGGAAGAAGGGCUUCGUGUCGCCCAUCAAGCGGCUGGUUUUCCCCAAGGCCGCUCGGAAGCCGGCGCUCCGCAGCAGCGUCUACCGGCGGCCGCUGCACUCGGUGCCCCUCUACCCCCCCGACUACCUGAUAGACCCCCAGAUCCUGCUGCACGACUACGUGGAGAAGGAGGUGAAGUUUUUAGGGCACCUGACCUGGGUGACAGCCUCCCUGAACCCCUCCAGCCGGGAUGAGGUGCUGCAGCUGCUGGACACCGCCAGGCAGCUGAAGGAGCUGCCCCUGCAGACGACGCCGGAGCAGGACAGCAUCCUGAGCCUGUCCGCCCGCUGCCUCCUGCUCACCUGGCGCGACGACGAGGAGCUGAUCCUGCGCAUCCCCACGCACGAGAUCGCCGCAGCCUCCUACCUGCGCGACGACGCCCUGCACCUCCUCAUCCUCAAAACGGGCCUGGGAGUGGACCCGGUCCCUGCCGGCGCACACCCCGAGGCGGCCCCGGUCGGCUGCCGGAGGCAGCCCCCGCCGAGAAGCGUCCGGGGGGGCGCCUGGCCAGAGCCGGGGCGUCUGGGGGGCCCGAUGGAGCGGCGGCACACCAUCUGCAGCCUGGACUGGCGGGCGGCGCGGGGCGGGCAGGAGGGCCGGCAGGGCGGCAGCCUGGAGCGGCGGCGGGGCGGCAGCUGGGAGCGGCGGCAGCGCGGGCGGCCCUCGGGGAGCUGGGAGCGGCGGCAGCCCUGCGGAGGCAGCUGGGAGCGGCGUCGAGCCGGCACGGCCGGCGGCAGCUGGGAGCGCGGCACCGGCUUCGGCAGCUGGGAGCGGCGGCACGCCGGCAGCAACCCCUUGGACCCCCAGGAGCCCUGCCCCGAUGCCUACUCCAACCUCGUCAUCCUCGCCGUGCCCAACAGGGAUGCGGCCGAGGAGUCCUGCGCGCUCAUCUGCCAGGUCUUCCAGAUCAUCUACGGGGACCAGAGCAUCGAGUGCGUGGACCGCGCCGGGUACCACUACACCUCCACGCCCACGCGGCCCUGGCUCUCCAGCAGGAGUGAGAGCUGCCGCACGGACGGGACGUACGGCUACGACGCCGACUUCAGCUCCUUCAAUGGCUCCGAGACGUUCGAGGCGUAUUACAGCGGGGCCUCCUCGCCCUCCUUCCACCAGUCCCACCACAGCCUGGCCACCGCCUGCAGCGGCAGCGACCAGAGCAGCGCGGGGCUGGAGCAGCUGCAGGACUACAUGGUGACGCUGCGCAACAAGCUGUCACCCCAGGAGAUCCAGCAGUUCGCCGUGAUGCUCCGCGAGUACCGGCUGGGCACGCCGGUGCAGGAGUACUGCGCCGACCUCCUGCGCCUCUACGGGGACCGGAGGAAGUUCCUGCUCCUGGGAAUGAGGCCCUUCAUCCCCGACCAAGACAUCGGGUACUUCGAGACCUUCCUGGAGAGCAUCGGCAUCCGCGAGGGCGGCAUCCUCACCGACAGCUUCGGCCGCAUCAAGCGCAGCAUGAGCAACACGUCGGCCUCGGCCGUGCGGAGCUACGACAGCUGGUCCCUGCGCUCCGAGUCCGAGUCCUUCAACCGCAUGAUCACGGACAUCACCCACGACAUCGAGGCGCUGGCGCGGGACGAAGAGGAGGAGGAGGAGGAGGAGGACAAUUAUCUGUGAGGGGCUGCUGCAACCCGGCGCCUGGCGCUGUCCCCACUUUGUCCCCACGGGAGGGGACAAGGCUCUGC